AUGGAGCUCAACCAGAAAGUGUCCACCGAGGGGUCGCCAAAGACCUGGACCAGCCAGAGAUCAGCCAGGUUUACCAACUCCGACGUGACGUUGGCCUCAGCUCCACCACCACACACAGUCAAGGCUGUGGGCAGAGGCAGAGAGCCCCCACCCCCUCCACUGCUGAGCUCCAGGACCUCCAAGGUGUUGGUGGCUUUGGACGUCUUCUGUGUGAUACUGGUGAGCACCCCCACCUUGCUGGUUGAGAAGGGCUUAGUAGCACCCCACUUCCAGGGCUUCUUCUGCAAUGAUACUAGCAUCAAGUACCCUCAGGUAUCACACUACAUCAUGGAGGACUCCGCCAUCACCACCAUAGGCUUCUUAAUCUUCAUCUUCAUGAUCAGCCUGGGUGAGAUGAUUCUAGUCUGGAGCCUGCCCCUGGGCUCACAGGCCAUGGUGACCACCUACGUGACCCUGGUCUACAAACAGCUGGGCACCUUCAUCUUUGGUGCCAUGGCCAGCUCCUCUCUGACCAGCAUCGCCCAGAUGACCACAGGGCACUUGCGCCCCCACUUCCUAGCUGUGUGCCUGCCAGAUCCCACCACCUUUAGCUGUGAGAGCAGCUACAUCGCCAACUACACGUGCACAGGGAACCCCUCCGACGUCCUGGAAGCCAGGAAAUCCUUCUAUUCCAAGCAAGCCUCCUUCGGGAUGUACUGCAUGGUGUAUCUGGUGCUCUACAUGCAGGCCCGCCACUGGGGAACGAUGAACAGGCUCCUGCGGCCCACCAUCCAGUGCUUCUUCCUGCUCCUGGCGCUGUUCCUCGGCUAUUCGCAGACGCAGAAUCACCGGCACCACCCUUUGGACACGGUCACCGGGUUCCUGCAGGGAGCCGUGAUGGCUCUCAUCCCUCCCCACAACCCCUCCGAGGGCUUCGAGGACCCCAAAGAAUGCGGUGAUAGAGAGGAAGGCAGAGAGGGUUCCUGA